AUGGCCGAGUGCGCUAUUGGGCAACUUUAUCGACACAUGGGCAGAUUAAAGGAGUCGCUGAGACUUCUCGAAGAUGUGCUUGAAAGAACAGAAGAGAGAUUGGGUCCAUCUCAUUCCACUACAAUGGAGGUUAUGUGGUCAUUGGCGAAUACGUAUGACGACAAUAGCGAUAUUCGGAAAGCCGAGAAACUAUAUUCUCGAUUGAAAACAAUCACUGAGUCUCUUUUGCAUGAGGUCAUAGGAGAUAGUGGCGAUGCUCAUCUUACAAGAACGAAUGCCAUCAAUAUUGAUCUAUAUCUUGGGCGGCUGUACACUAGGGUUGGCAAGCUCAAACUCGCAAGGGGUCUCUUGCUACAAGCCAGAGACGACGCCGUUCUACACUUGGGCACGAAGAACUUUCAGAUGGACUAUGCCUACCUUAUGCUAGGUUGGAACUAUGCUGCGGAAGGCGACCUAGCUGAAGCGGAGAGAUUAAUCAGCUACUCUGCGGUGCGACCAGGAGACGUAUUCGAUGAAGAUAGUCCAAUUGUGGCGUUUUUCAUAUCUCAGCUGGGGGAACUGUAUUAUCUCCAGGGCAGAUUAGACCAGGCUGAACAGAUUCUUCGAAGCUGUGUGACAACAUCUGAAAUCACUCUCGGCAAGGAUGAUGUGACGUUGAUCAGCUGGAAAAUCUCACCGGCCGAGAUCUGUGUCGACCAGGACAGGUUAGAUGAAGCGAAGACUAGCUUGGACCAUAUCAUAGCCUCACUCCAAGAUGAUUCUGGAUCGGAGCCCAGCGCUAUCUCGGUGUGCUUCAGGGCCCGUGGGAAAGUUCACACGAGGCAGAAAUUUUUCGACGAGGCAGAAGCCGCGUUUCGACGGUCCUUGAAAAUAGCUUCCAGCAACGGUGUGGACGAGGGACCAGAGGCUCUGUGGUGCCUACUUGACUUGGGCCGAUGCUACCAUGAUCAAGGGCGUCUGACCGAGGCGAAAGAUGCGGUGGGGCGAGCAAUACACGUUCACCGCCAGAAUGAGGCGCCUAAGACCCAGUGGCUUCUGGCUUGUCUCUACGAACUUGGACGCAUCUGCCAGUCAGGCGAAGUAUGGGAUGAAGCCGAACGGGCAUAUGUCGAGGCACAUGCAGGCUACGAACGCGUUCUGGGAUUAGAGAACGAACGCACCAAGAAAGCCGCUCAAGCAUUGAUUGAUUUGAGAGACGCUCGAACGAUGCCCAAUGAGGCAACCACCGUUGGAUUAGGAUGA